AGAUAGGCGAUACCGCUCCAGUAGGGACAGUGGAGAAAUGUACACGAGCGUGCAGCAGGAGAAAGGCGCGCAGGAGCUCUCCGCUGUGUGUGUGACGUGUGAUUGUUCCCGCUCCCUGAGCUCUGUGUAUGUGGUAACCGCACCCACCCAUCCCCUGGUACUACUCAGUCCGUCUUCUCAUCCAGCAGUCUGCACGUUGUCUGGGCGCAGGACCGGGAGGUACACCAACCAUGCCAGUCCAAAAGAGAACCGUGGUGGUGGGUAACACCCACACCUUAAAGUCUCCUGUUGGUAUUAUACGUAUUAUUGCAGCCAUAUUUGCCUGUGUCACCUUCAGCUUGGUUGUCCACAGUGGAGCAUGGAAUGGCCGAAUUGGAGAUCUGUGCAUGUUUUCCUGGUGCUUCUGCUUCGUUGUUACUAUAAUUAUCCUUAUUGUGGAGUUUGCUGGAAUGCAAAGCCGGAUGCCAGUGUCCUGGAAGAACUUUCCAAUCACUUUUGCAAUGUUUGCUGUCCUGAUGUGUCUCUCUGCCUCCGUCAUCUAUCCGUUGUACUUCCUGGAUGACAGAAGCUAUGGCGGUAAUCGGCGUACCUAUGAAAUUGUAGCCACUGUGUUUUCGUGCCUUACUACUUUGGCAUAUAUUAUUGAAGUGUCCUUAACCCGAGCUCAGCCAGGAGAAGUUACGGGUUACAUGGCGACUGUUCCUGGACUCCUGAAAGUCAUCGAAAGCUACAUUGCCUGUGUUAUUUUUGUUUUUAUUUCAGAUCCACCUCUGUAUGAAAAACAUGAUGCACUGAAAUGGUGUUUGUCCGUAUACUGUAUCUGCUUUAUCUUAUCUAUUUUGGUAAUUAUUCUGUGUGUCGGAGAGUGCACUAGCUGGUUGCCAUGUGCUUUUGAGAAAUUCCUCAGUGCAUAUGCCCUCCUUGCAGUUCUCUUCUAUGUGUCUGCUCUGAUUAUCUGGCCCAUUUUUCAGUUUGAUUCCAAGCAUAAUGGUACCCCUACAAGGCCUGAUUCCUGCAGAUAUGCUCCAGGCCGAUAUAGAUUAUGUACUUUUGAUAAAUGUGUAGCCAUUGCUGUUCUGACAGCUUUCAAUCUUUUAGUUUAUAUUGGUGAUCUGGUGCAUUCUGCAAGACUUAUUUUCAUCACUGUUUAUUAAAAGAUUAGGGUUUACUGAAGCUUGAUGUAAUUAUUCCAGAAAAGAACAAUUGUAGUCUUUCUUCCAUUAUAUAACAUACUGUAUAUUGAUAUGAAGGUUUUAUGUAAUUAUACUUUUUUAUGUUAUGAAGGAUCAUUGUUCAAAUGUAACCUUAUUUCACUCAGAUGUUCAAUGUUAUUUUUUUUUAUUAACCAUACUGCAUCAUUUCACCCAAGUGUCCUUUUAGUGAGUGGCGGGUAUUGCGUUUUAUUUCAUACAGACCACUGUUAGCCACAAAUCCUUUCUUUUCUACUUUUGGCUAAAAACGAACAAACAAAAAAACUAACAACUUUAUUGUAUUGUGUUUGAAAGACAUAAAUGGGUUACCCACUAUUAUAUUAUAACAUAUCACCUAUCUACAGGUGAGCAGUAUCGGGCUUUUUGGGUUCCGACUACAUAAUGCCAUUAAAGUGUCAAAUAUGUUAUCUCAAGGAGUGCUUCAAUCAUGUUUGCUAGAGUAACACUGACAUGAGAGAAAGAAAUGUCUGCCAUCCUUAUAAUUACCAGGGGUCUGUGUAAUGUAAAAGUGUGAGGAAGGCCUCCCCAUAGAGUUCCUUGGUGUCAUUUCAAACUCAAUACACUGGUAUCAUGACCACCCAUAUUUUAUAUACUGCUUUUAUGCCAUUGUAUAUGAUAUGGGAUCUUCAUGGCUUUACCAGAGAAAACUUUGAAAAACGAAUAUAAAAAGCAUUUGUCGCCUUUAAACUAGUAAACUAGUUAUUAUUAGUUAUAAUUAUAGUUAUAUAGUUAUAAUUAGUUAAACCCUGUAAACUAGCGCCAUCAGCACAUACUCUUUACUGUGCCAGCAGCAGAUAAGGUGUCAUUUGUACUGAAAAGUGCACUUUGUAGAAUCGGAACCCCCCAAAAUUUACAAAAUGGCGUUUUUUGGUUUGUUUGUUUGUUUUUUCAAUUUAGCCCCAUAAAUAUUUUUUUCUGGUUUCGCCAUAGAUUUUGUGGUGAAAUGAUUAAUGGUAUUACAAAGUAAAAUUGGUGGCACAAAGAACAAGCCCUUAUAUGGGUCUGUAGAUAGAAAAUUGAAAGUGUUAGGAUUUUUAGAAGGGGAGGAGGAAAAACAAAAGUGCAAACAUGAAAAAUGGCCUGAGAGGGAAGGGGGUUAAAGAUCUGAUUUCUAUUAAGUAAAAAGUUUUUUUCUUAUAUGUAAUACACAGGGGAAUAGGAAGGGAAAUAUAUAUUUUUAUGAGGUGUUUGAAAGGAAAACCUAGGUGAAAUUGGUUUCCAUACACAUACGUUUUAUAAACUUUCAUAUCCACAUAAAUAAAAUGUAACAUGAGGCUGGCAGAAAAGUUACAUAUUACUUAAUUACAGUGACUAAUAAUUGUAGAUAAGAGCUGAAACAAUAUGGUACUUAAAAACUGGCCUAUGUUAUCAAGGCAUGGAAAAAUUAGGCAGCAGAUCUGUGAACCCCAAGGUUUUUUUUUUUUUUUUUUCAAAGUUUUUCCACCUAAAUGUAGUGCUGGGCGGUAUACCGGUUCAUACCGAAUACCGAAAUUUUUGGGCUGCACGAUAUGAAUUUUUCCCAUACCGCAAUACCGGUUGGGCCCCUCCCCCUUAGAAAUGAAUUAUCAGCACAGCGCUGUCCCCACAUCAGGGAACUAAUCAUAUGUGACCCGCCAGCACUGUUCUACUCCCCCUCAAAUCAUGUUAGCCGCCAGCGCUAUUCUGCUUCCCCCCCACACCCAAAUCAUGUUUCCCGCCAGCGCUGUUCUGCUCCCCACCCCCGCCCCCACCAAAUCAUGUUACCCGCCAGCGCUGUUCUGCUCCCCCCCCCACUAAAUCAUGUUACCCGCCAGCACUGUUCUGCUCCCCCCCCCCACUA